AUGGUGAAAUAUCUUGUUGAGAAGGGCGCUGAUGUAAAUGCCAAGGAUACUCACGGGGAGACAGUGCUGCAGCAUGCUGUUUCUUAUGGUACGCUAGAAAUGGUGAAAUAUCUUGUGGGAAAUGGCGCUGAUGUAAAUGGAAAGGAUACUGACGGGUGGACAGUCUUGCGCUAUGCUGUUAGCAAAGGUUCGCUAGAAAUGGCGAAACAUCUUGUUGAAGAAGGCGCCGAAGUAAGUGGAAAGGAUAAUAACGGGUGGACAUUGCUGCACAUUGCUGUUAGAAAAGGUUCGCUAGAAAUGAUAGAAUAUCUUGUUGAAAAUGGCGCUGAUAUAAAUGGCAAGCAUACUGAUGGAUGGACAGUCUUGCACUAUGCCAUUAGGCAAGGUGCUAUUGUAAAAGGUUCGCUAGAAAUGGUGGAAUGUCUUGUUAAGAAGGGCGCUGAUGUAAAUGCCAAGAAUACUUACGGGGAGACAGGCGCUGAUGUAAAUGCCAAGAAUACUCAAGGGGAGACAGUGCUGCACUCUGCUGUUUCUGAAGGUACGCUAGAAAUGGUGAAAUAUCUUGUGGGAAAUGGCGCUGAUGUAAAUGGAAAAAAGAAUAGCGAAUGGACAGUGUUGCACAGUGCUGUUGUAAAAGGUUCGCUAGAAAUGGUGGAAUAUCUUGUUAAGAAGGGCGUUGAUGUAAAUGCCAAGAAUACUCUUGGGGAGACAGUGCUGCACUUUGCUGUUUUUGGAGGUAAGCUAGAAAUGGUAAAAUAUCUUGUGGGAAAUGGCGCUGAUGUAAAUGGAAAAAAGAAUAGCGGAUGGACAGUCUUGCACAGUGCUGUUGACAAAGGUUCGCUAGAAAUGGUAGAAUAUCUUGUGGAGAACGGGGCUGAUGUAAAUGCCAAUAAUACUAACGGAGAGACAGUCUUGCAACAUGCUGUUAGUGUUGGUGAUUUAGUAACUAUCAAGUACUUAGUUGAACAGGGUGCUGAUAUAACUGUUGGAAGUGAAUCCUUCUUUUCUGUUGGCAUUGUCAUCCUCCAAAUGGCUGUUAUAAACAACUUCGUCGCCUUGGUCAAUCUUCUUUAUGAGAAGGAUAUCGCGAUGUGGAGAGAGCAAACGAAUAUUGUUAAAGGGCGAGGAAUGAAUCUUCUUGAAUUGAGCAUUAACCUUGGUCAUGAUGAAAUUGCAACUAUCUUGAAAAGGUCCGUAAAACAUCGUGAGAAAAUUCAGAAGUUGAAAACAAGUAACUGUAACCAGUUAGAAGAGGUAAUAUUUUAA